CACCACACGGGCUGCCGCCGCGACGCCAGUCCGUAGUCAGUCAGCGCUGGACCGCCGCCCGCUCGAUUUCGCGAUCCACGAACGACGGUGCGGCUUAACCGACAUCGUAAUCUUCAUCCCAGAAGCAGACCUGUGUUUUCCUGCCGUUUUCCAAACAGUGGAAUAGUUUCAAAGUUGCGAAUCGUGCCUGGUCCAUCUUCCGACGAUGAUGCGACAGUGAUACAAGCGAUAAUCGAUGAUCGCCAAAUGCGAUUACGAGAUCCGUUACGAGUGAGCUCUCUUGACCAAUCGCGGAUGGAUCACGAGUCUUGGGGACAUUUCAAACCGUACAAGUGCAAUCAGUGCGCGACAUUCCGUGAAUGUAACUGCAAUUUCGAAACUGGAAGAUAUUCUCCUCGUAUACGAUAAUAAAUAGUUGCGUUCUUCGUGAUCAGUAGUGUAUACGGGCACCGAUGUAGGUGCGACACGUUGUAGAAACAAGAAUCGAUAAGUCAACAGCGAAAUGGCACCGAUCGUUGAAACGCCGAAUCCGACCACUAAACGAUCUAUCGAAAUCGCGAUGAGGUAGUGCUUAACGGAUAACGCGCGUGUGGGUGACUGUAGUGCACAUAUAAGGGAAACUUUGAACAGUUUCCCGCGGAAGAUCUACACCGGAUCUUCGGGCGAAAUUUCAACACACGACCGUCACAUGUUUGGGAUCCGAUCGACUACGUUUAACGAGCCAAGACCUGGAGGCCACAGAGAGAAUCGAACAUCUCCGAAGGACGCAGAUGCCCCGAAGGAAACAGCACGCUCCACAACGUAUGAAAUGUAAGUAGUGGUCUCCGAUCGUUUGAAAAGCGAGCGGCCCGCAGCCGCCGCACCGGACGGGAGACAUGCGCAGCAAGCAGCAGCCGAGGCCUUCCUUUCGGUGGCCGCAGCAACGCGGCGAUAAUCUUACCGGGGAGGACGGAGUCGAAGGCUCAGGGCCCGGCGCGGACCUCCAGGGGGAGGAAGGCGGCGAUUGCGCGGAGGAUGACGGCCCAAUUAGUCCUAGCGAGAGAGGUUGCGCAACGGCGGCCAAGGAGGAGGAAGAUGGGGACGCGACCGACGAGGAAGACGACGAGGACGGAUCGCCGCCCGCCCCAUCGCCUUCCGCGACAGCGAGACUGAACCCCGCCAUUCUAAGGGACAGCGGACCGCCGGACAGAGAGCCGAUGAGUCCACGCUGCCCCUCGAGAGAUUCACGGGAAUCGUCCGGGCCGGCGAGCGGGAGCCCCCCGCCGCCAGCGACGAGGAGCACCGCGAGCCCUGUCAGCCCUAGCGGGAUCGUGCCGCUACCGCUCGGCACCCAUCCACUUCUGCCGCCUCAUUCCGCCGCCGUGAUGGCGGCCUAUCUCCAACAGACCCACCACAGACUGCUGCUCGGCCACUCGCCGCUCUCGCGCGGCUCGGUGUCGCCCCUGGUCUCCUCCUCGUGCUCGCCGCCGGCCGCCACCCCCGGCCUCCUCGUCUCGCCGACGAGCGUCGGCGAGGUGUCGCCCACGGCCACCCCGCUCCCGGCCGUGCUCGACUUCAGCACGAGGAAAGCGUCAUCGACCGAGGACGACGAGGAGGAGCAGAUACUCAACCUGAGCAAACCGCCCACCCCGUCCUCCUCCUCCACGGAGGCCAACAACGGGCCCCUCGACCUCUCCGUGCCGGGCAGGAAACGUCCCAGCCCCGAGGACUCGCCCCCCCUCCCCGUUAGAAAAUCCUCCCGACUCUCGACGAGCACGGCGGCGGCGGCGGCGGCGGCCGCCGCCGCCGCAGCGGCCCACCAGGAGGCGGCCCAGGCCGUGACCGCCGCGGCCGGCUUCGGCAGGCCGCCCGUCGUCUCGCCGUGGACGUCGCCCGUCGUCGCGUCCCACUUCCCCUACUUCGCGGCGGCGGCCGUGGUCGCGGCCGCGGCCACUAGUCAGCAGCAGGCCCUCUCGCCCAAGAGCACGGCGGGCGUGGUGGAGCAGCAGCACCAGCAGCAGCAGCAGCAGCAGCAGCAGCCACAUCAUCAACACCAUCACCAGCACCACCACCACCACCACCAUCAGCAACUGUGGAACGGCAAGAUGAAGCCGCCGUCCGCGUUGGACAAGUCGUACCAGCCGAGCGAGGCGACCAAAGCGUUGGAGAAGAUGAGCGAGUUGAGCAAGCUGGGCGGCGAGGAUCUGUUCAGGUCGGGGGCGAGCGGGGCGGGGGGAGGGGCGGGAGGCGCGGUGGCCGCGGCGGCGGCGGCCGCGGCCGCCGCCGCCGCCGCUGUCGCGGGGAACGCGAGCGGUCCCGGCUCCACGUCCGGGAGCAGGCACAGCGCGUGGCAGUCCCACUGGUUGAACAAGGGCGCCGAUCAGGCCAAGGACGUGCUGAAAUGCGUGUGGUGCAAGCAGAGCUUCCCAACCCUCGCCGCGAUGACCACGCACAUGAAGGAGGCCAAACACUGCGGCGUCAACAUGCCCGUGCCACCGGCCGCCCCCUCGCUCCACCCGCAGCCGCCGACCGUGCCCUGCAUCGCCACGCCGCAGCCCCCGCACCAGCCGCAAACCACCUCGUCGGCAAACAGCGGCGGCGGCGGUGGCGGAGGAGGCGGCGGUGGCUCGGUCGCCGCUGGGGGCGGGUCGGCGACGCCGAGCAGCAAGCAGAGCCCGUCCGAGCUGAAUCUGUUGAUCAAGGAGACGAUGCCGUUGCCGAGGAAGCUGGUCCGCGGCCAGGACGUUUGGCUGGGGAAGGGGGCCGAGCAGACGAGGCAGAUCCUCAAGUGUAUGUGGUGCGGGCAGAGUUUCCGCUCCCUUGCCGAAAUGACCUCGCACAUGCAGCAGACCCAGCACUACACCAACAUCAUCUCGCAGGAGCAGAUCAUCUCGUGGAAGUCGUCGGACGAGAGCAAAGGGGGGAACGGGGCGGGCGGUGGGAGCGGAGGCGGAGGAGGCGGCGGGGGCGGUGGCGGCGGCGGCGGCGCGGGCGCUAGCGGGCCGGUGACGGGCGCCGCGGGGGGCGGCGGCGGGUCGGUGGGAGGCGGGGUGGGGUCCGGGCCGCACGGCGGGAACGCGACCGGGCCCGGGUCGGGCGCGACGAGCAGCCACGUGAGCGCCGUGCUCACGUGCAAGGUGUGCGACCAGGCGUUCAGCUCGUUGAAGGAACUGAGCAAUCACAUGGUGAAGAACUCGCACUACAAGGAGCACAUCAUGCGCUCCAUCACGGAGAGCGGUGGGCGGAGGAGGCAGACGAGGGAGAAGCGCAAGAAAUCGUUGCCGGUGAGGAAGUUGUUGGAGCUGGAGAGGGCACAGAACGAGUUCAAGAACGGGGACGCUGCGGCGGGCCUCGGCCACAAUCUGGGGAAACACGCGGGACGUAUCACGUGCGAGAAGUGCGGCGAGAAGAUCGAGACCACCAUCUUCGUCGAUCAUAUACGCCAGUGCAUAGGGGCGGGGACAGUGGGCGCGAGUCAGCGCAACUUCUUGAAGAACGCGUUGAUGUCCAACCAUUUGUCGGCUACGCUGCCGCCCUCGGAGACGGGGCGCAAAAGCGUGACCGAGGACGGCUCCUCGGUCUCCUCGAGACAUCAUCGGUCACCCUCGUCGGCAAGCGACGCGACCACGCCGGGGAAGGACACUCCGACCCCGACCACGGGCGAGACGACCGGUACCUCGUCCCCGUCCGUGUUGAACGCCAUCGAGAAGCUGAUCGAGAAGAGUUUCGACUCGAGGGUGAGACACGGUACGCCGGGCCUUCACCACGCCCAACCAGGUGCCCCGAUGGGUACCAGUAUCUUGAAACGGCUGGGGAUCGACGAGAGCGUCGACUACACGAAACCGUUGGUCGACCCGCAAACCAUGAACCUGCUUCGCUCGUAUCAGCAGCAGCAGCAGCAGCAUCAACACCAACAGCAACAGCACUACGCGACGAGCACGGCAGCGCGGCGGGAACGAAGCGGGAGCGAGUCGAGCUCUGUGUCGGAGCGAGGAAGCGGGGGCGGUAGAACAGACUCGAUGACGCCCGAGAGACGCGUGGAUCUGUCCUCGGUGGGGCACGCGGACGCCAGGCAUUCCCAUCAUCACCGGCUCACGCCCGACAAGCAACUCGGCCCCCAAAAUCUGCCCUCGAGCCGCCAUCAUCCACCCACCGAGGAAUCCGGGGACGAGGAAUCCUCGACGACCGCGGCCACGUCCGCCUCCGCUUCCGCGGCGGGCGGUGGCGCGGCGACCACGGCUGCUUCCGCGUCCAACGUGGUCGUGGUGAAGAAGGAGCCUCGCGACGAGGAAUCGGAGGAACGCGUGGGGAACGAGGAGGAGCAGCAAUCGCAGUCGCAACCGCAAUCGGGCCGAGAGGUGUUCGUGAAGAAGGAGAUAGUGGAGGACUGCAGGGAGGAGGAAGAGGCGGCGGGCUCGUUCCAUCAUCGGCGAAGCAGCUUGCACGAGGGAUCGGAGGAGGGUCGAGAGGUGUUGUCGCCACGGAUGAAUCCACCGACGCCGAGAUCGAGCGGGCAACCGGAACAGUUGACGCGCAGCCCCUGCAGGAACAGCACCAGCAGUCCAACGAGCAGCGAUCGGUCGGUCACUCCGCGAGGAACGCCCGACACGAAGGGGUCGAGCAGCCUUGGCGCCCUCUCCUCCAUGUUCGACAGCCUGUCAGGGGGCGGAGGAGGCGGUGGCGGGGGCGGCGGGAGCGGCGGCGGCGGCGGCGGAGGCUCGAGCAACGCGGUCGACUCUCAGGGACGCAAGACGAGCAGCCAUCCUUUGGCCGCGCUGCAAAAGCUCUGCGACAAGACGGAGACGAGAGGGCCGAGCGGCAGCGCGGCCCGAUCAGGCGGCGGACCUGGGACCGCGUCCGGCCUCGCCACCGCGGCCGGAAGCGGCGGCGUGGGCGCGGCCGGCCCCGGUUCCGGGACGGCCCCGGGGGCGAUCUUGGCGUUCAGCUGGGCCUGCAACGACGCCGUCGUCACCGCCGACUCCAUCAUGAAAUGCGCCUUCUGCGACACGCCGUUCAUCUCCAAGGGGGCGUACAGGCACCACCUGUCGAAGAUGCACUUCGUCAAGGACGGCGUGAUCCCCGACCCCCUGACCAUCGGUCGCUCGGCGGCGGCUGCGGCGGCGGCGGCGGCCGCGGCCGCGGCCGCUGCAGCCGCGGUCUCUCAAACCACCGGGACCGGGCCCCCACCACCAUCCGGUCACGCUUCUUCCUCGCCCCCGACUUCCCAGCGCAACAAGUCGCCGCCGCUUCCGCAGGCGAACGGCAGCCCGUCUCAGUCAGCGGCCUCUCCCCUCGAGGAGAGCCCGCACUCCAAAUUUCUCAAGUAUACGGAGCUGGCCAAACAGUUGUCCAGCAAGUACGUAUAGUCCGAGCCCCGUAAGUAGCGGUGCCACUUGUACAUAAUGUGUAUCUAUAAUGUAACGACUGUAAUUAGCGACGCGAUUUUGGUCACCUUUUCACCUCCUUCCGACACCUCCUCCUCCCCAUCAAACUUAUCCCGGUAUCCUUUCGUUCGCGAUUCCAUUAUCCGCCUCUCCCCUCUUCUCGCUUCCCCACCUCUCUCUCUCUCUCUCUCUCUCUCUCUCUCUCUCUCUUCCUCGUCACCCGAACCCCCCCCUCCCCUCCCCCGAUCGCUCUUUCCAUCUCGGCGAUAAGCGAGUCGCGCAGCGAAAACCGGAAAGCGGAGGAGGUGGAUAUCGAACGUGCGUUGAUUUUCAUUGUGAUGCCACCAUAUCUCGCGGCACUGCUGAGUCAAGGGGCUCGGCCAGCGGCCAAGUUUGUGAUUUUAUAAAUACUUAAGGACAUUUACGACUGGCGUUGAGAGAGAGGGAGAGAGAGAUAGAGAGAGUGAGAGAGAGGGAGAAAAUGCGUUCGAACGAGUGCGAGAGAGAGAGAGAGAGAGAGAGAGAGAGAGAGAGAGAGAGAGAGAGCGUGAACGAGAUGAGCGCGUGGAAAGAAAGAGCGACGAAAAGGCAGCGAGGAGAGCGGAGAUGAAUUUUCUAAGGUGUAGAACAGGAAGGCUUACCUAUCGCACAGCUGUCGUAAGGUCAGAUCAGCAUGUAUACCUUUAGAACGUAAGAGCGUAGUUGAUUAGCGCAUAGGCUAGGCUAGGGUCCGCCCUUGUAUAGGAACCUCUUUGUUGAUACUUAGAGAGCUGCGAAACCGGUGAGAUCGUUCGGGAUCGAACCUCGUCGAAACUCUGCUACGAGGGUUUGGAACGAGCCGAGAACGAGAACGAGAACGGGUACGGCGGAAGAAUAGCGAGAGAAAUGGCAUAAUGGAGCAUCGAGAAGCAACGAGAUACGGUGCAAUAGCGAGGCUCGCGAUUAUACUCGAGACACGUGCGCGACGCGACGCGGCCUCCUCGAACGUUAUCGUUUUCCUUCGCUCGUAGCGCACGAGUAGACCAUUGUAAAUUUUCUUUGUUCAAAUAAUAUUUAUUGCGCCGUGCGAGUCAACGCGACGUUUUAAGUGUAAAAUAUUGUCAUUACUAUCGCUCGGAUUAUCGCGAUAUACCGUGUAUAUUGAUUACGAUUACGAUUAUUCUCUAUACAAUUACGAAGAAAACGAAUGGAAAACGCAGCAGAGAGGAAUAUUGGAUAGGGGGCUCCCUGCGCCAGAAAUCCCAUCGUCUCUCGGCCAACGUGCGUGCUUUUCUGCUUGGCCCGAAAAUUCGAAAGGAAGGGGACGAAAAACGGAGAGAUGAGAGAAAGAAAAUGCUUGGACAAGCACGAUCGCCCGCGCGUGCGCGAGAACGCGAGAAGGAAGCUGGUGGCUCGCGAGCGAGAAAGGAAAAGUGAGGCGAUGAUUGUGCGCGCGUUCGAGGACGAGUAAGCGCGGUUUUGGAGCGGAACACACUUGUAUACGUAUUUCUUGUAAACUCUAAUUCUUCCAUCGCGGACUUUAAAAGUAUUUAUCGAUAUAACGAUAAUAUUAAUAUUAUUAUUGUAAUUAUAUACGACUGCUGAGAGUGUGGCGGGUGUGGGAUACGAGAGAUCCGCGCGAUUGCGAUACACGGCACAUGCGCGUGAACGAACGCGCAGCGCGUGCGCACUCGCGGAUACGAGAUACGAGAAACGAGAAAUAGCCAACCGUGCGAAAAAUACGCUCGAAAAGUACCUACCUACUUACAAAUGCGCAACCACAAAGAUAUGCAUCAUGUAUACGCGAUUCUUGAAACCAUUUUACCAGAUUUGUCAUUAUUUAAUUAUUUCGGUUGUAUUUUAAAAUGCAAUUAAAGCUCAAAUAAAUAUAUAUGUUAUAAAGUAAA